CUCUCUAUCCUAUAUAUAUAUAUAGAUAUCGCAUGCAAAUAUAUAUACAUUAUACUUGGGAGUUUAACAGAUCCUGAGGUGUAUAUUUUGAAUUAACUUUGUGGAGUUGUUUUAACAUCGAGACUAUCGUCAUAUUGAUCGCGCGGACACACCUAUGAUCAGAGAUUCCAGUCUUGCUUCCUGGCCUCUGCCAGCAUGGUUAUUAAGUCCACUCACCAAGUCCAAUCUCAGCAAGAUGCCACGCAAAAGAAUGUCUUUCUCAACUCUAAUCAACACUACAUUCAUACUUCUAAUGUUCGCGUUCUCACCUACGAUGUCGUUGGAACUUAUCAACGCCACAACAUCACCGACGCCAUCGGCCGGCGGUGACAAUAGACUGUUGGUGCUGCCGUCGUCACCUGACGGCUCGCAGCCCGCCAUUUUUGAAACCGAUGCGAAUCGGUCGGAUUCAAACCUUACUUUCUUGGCAGCAAAACUGCCGGAUAAAGCAACUGUGAGCAACUAUACCGCACCCUCCGUCUACCUGCGAGAGCAAGUUAAUGUGACUGAACGUCGCUGGUUGGGGCCACAGCGACAAAAUGACAGUUAUUUCAAAGCCAACGGGCGGGAGCGUAAUAAGGGACGAGGUACUGAGAUGGGACGCCGACAUUUACGUAGGCAACCACAGAACUAUGUCCAGUAUCAACGCAAAACUAUCAUUAAAAAGCAUGUUCCCGCUGAAACCGAACCCAAUGACUUUUUUCAUGCAAUAUCAUCUCGAACAGAUUUGUCAAACGUAACCUACGAAACUUCGACGGAUUCAAACGUCGCCUCAAACUCAACGGCUGGACCUUACUUUGCAAUUUUCAAUUCGUCGUCGUCACAAGCGCCUUGGGUGUUACUUCCCUUGCCGUCGCCGUCAUCUGUCGACACGUCUUGUCUCCCUUGUGACCCCACGAGAUGCCCCCAUGAGGGUGGAACCUACUUACAGUGCCCGACCGAGCUGAGGAUUAAAGACGACUGCGGUUGUUGUGUAGUCUGCCUUCGUGGUCUGCACCAAACGUGCGGAGGGAUGUACCAAAUUCUGGGGAAAUGUCGGGUCGGUUUAGUUUGCCAACCCACCAAGAAUUCCGAUUUUUCAGCUCUGCGUCUUCCUGCUGGAAAUACCGAGAAACCGCGUCCCCCUUUUGAAGGGACUUGUGAAUUAAAAGGUGACAUCCCCGAUCCAUGUCGCAAUGUUGGCUGUGAUACCACAAUAAAGUACCAGUGUCCGAGGGAUUCUUUACUUGUGGCCAAUGUGAGUGGUGCAACCGGAAGCGCAUCGAUGGAGAGCUGCUGCAAGGAGAGACUCACUUGUCAGUGCAAUAUGGAUGCUUGCAACAUACCAAAGUGCAUUGUUGGAUAUCUGCCGCAGCGAGUGCACCAUGGCUCCAGAAAGCCAGGAGAUUGCUGUGAUAACUUCGUCUGUAAACGGAACAGAAAUUGUUUGCUGGUGAGAUGCCCUAAGCCAAAAUCCUGUCCCAAGGACAGUGUCAACACGGUGAAAAAACUCAGCAAGGAUGGCUGUUGCUCUGCAGAAUCUGUGUGCCAGUGCCAACACAGAGACAGGUGCCCUGCUGUUGAAUGCUCUAAAAACUAUAGAAUUGAGGUGGUGGAGAAGGCGACCAACCAGCCUGGUUCCUGCUGUGAUAAAUUCAAAUGUGUUAACAGGAACAGCUGUUUUUCUCGUGGUCAAUCCUACCAACAUGGAGAUGUGUGGAAACUGGACAACUGCACCAAAUGCAGCUGCAAGAAUGGCCUGACUUAUUGCCAGCGGCAGACAUGCAGAAGUUUGCAGUGUAAAUGGAUAAGGAACAUUUGUUUUUCUGAUGGACGAAUCUACCAACAUCUUGCUGAAUGGAAGCAUGACAACUGCACCAAAUGCAGCUGUAACAAUGGUCUGAUCUCUUGUCAGAAGGAGAAAUGCAAGCCCCUCCAGUGUGGCUGGAUGACCGUCCCACAAGGACAGUGCUGUCCUGUCUGCAAAGGUUGUAUGAAUGGUGACAGACUUUACAAGAAUUCUGAGAAAUGGAAAGAAGAAGGUUGUUUGUCAUGUCAAUGUAAUAAUGGUGUUGUAGAAUGUCAGACCGAAAUGUGUUCCGUUCGCUGUCCAAAUGGCCGAAGUGUCCCAGGACAGUGCUGUCCAGUCUGUGAGAACAAUUGUUCCAUUUCCUGUAAAUAUGGUUACGAAGUGGAUGAAAAGAACCGCCAGACCUGUAAAUGUGCCGCAGCUCCCUCUAAAUGUCCUGCCAUCACUUCAUGUAAGCGCCGCUGUAAGUUCGGCUACAAGCGCACCAGAAACGGUUGUCUUCGUUGCAAAUGUCACACAUGUCCAUACAUACAUUGCACCAAGCGUUGUCCUUUCGGCUUUAUAACCAACCGCAGGGGCUGCAAGUUAUGUAUGUGUGUAGAUGAGUUAUAUAACAGAAAGUCGUCAACCCUUCAGACCCCAACAUCAUCAUCGCUAUGGUUACCAAGCAGCUGCAUGUCCAAUGGAAGACAUUACAAAGAUGGCGACAUGUGGUAUGAUGGUUGCCGUGAGUGCUACUGUAGGGAGGGACAAGAACUUUGCUCAUUAAUUACCUGUAACAUUCCAAAGUGUCACAACCCGAUAUUCCGACCUGGGGACUGCUGCCCAUCAUGCGCAGGUACUGACACUCUCCUAAUUAAGGGCUCCACUCAACAGCGGACAUGUCAUGGUAACAACGGUAACGAUUAUGUUGAAGGUGAGGUGUGGCAGUUGGGCAAGUGCACCAGCUGCAUAUGUCAUUAUGGUAUCAUAUUGUGUACAACAGAGAAGUGUCCACCACAGUUAUGUCAUUAUCCAAUACAACAAUCGGAUCAGUGUUGUCCACUUUGUCCAAAUCAAUACCCAGACAAACCGGCAUCGGUCAGUAAGCCUCACUUGAAGUAUUGUAGAGGCGAGACAUCAUUCAAACAUGGUGAAGUAUGGCGUGUGAGUCCCUGCCAAAGCUGUAUGUGUCGAAACGGACGUAUCAACUGUUUCUCACAGAAUUGUCCACCCAUGAAAUGUCAACAGGCAUCUUUCCGUAAAGGACAGUGUUGUGCAGUCUGUCUGGAUAAUGAAACUAAAACAGCCAAGUCAAUCGUAUCCAAGGAAAUACCCAUUGUACUGACCACAGUUGGUCCUCCAGAAGUCAUCAAAGAAAAGGUCAAUAAAAAACCAACAUCAUAUGCCACCGGAAUUACUGCAGAUGAAACCUCCAACAACAACAACAUCAUCAUCAUCACUGUCGUCGUUCCACUGACAGCCAUUAUUAUUGGGUCAAUGAUCUGCGUGUUUUUACUCAAGAAACAUUGCCGUAAACCAAAAUAACAGAUUGUGGGUGUGUGGGGAGAGAGAGAGAGAGCAGGAUUUUUAUAUGUGUUUGUGUGUGUGUGUGUGUAUGUGUAUAGACCCACAUAUAUACACACACGUGUGUCUGUGUGUGUUUUGUUGUUGUUGUUGUUGUUGUUGUUGUUGUUGUUGUUUUCUGUUCAUCAUCGGGGGACCAAACCAAGAAGAAACUCCAGUUCACCUUUCAUUCCUACCGUUUCUACCCUGAUGUUUAUCCAAGUACGGAAGUUUCGGAACCCACUUUACAGCAGGAAUGGUCCAUGUAGGACAGAUAAGUUGAAGGGCCCAGACCCUCAAAUUGCUACACAACAUGCCAUCCUGCUCCCUGUUCUCCACUGAUUCCAAGCCAACCAGAAAGUGCACAUGUGCACAGACACACACACACACACAUACAGACACACACACACACACACACACGCAUGCAUGUGCACAGUUGCCAAUGUUUUUUUGUUUUUUAUGUCUACAGAAAAGAAUUCUCGUGAUUCUCCACAAGAGGGUGAGUGGACUUGCUAGAUGUAACAGUCAUAUCUCCCUCGAAUCCCGCACUGCUGUCUUAAACAAAGACGUUUUCAUGUAACAAUGUAGUUCCUGGUGUACAAAAAAAAAGACAGGAUGGCCGUGUUUGGAUUACCUUUGAUCAGAGCUCUGAUCAAUCAGGGCUGGCCUGGAGCUAAGCAACAACAACAACACUUAACAAAAAGAAAUGAAAUAUAAGCAAUACAUGUAAAAAAAAAUUUAUUAUAAACAAUAAAAAAAAAAUGGAAUUGAAAAGAAAUUUGAGAAACUGAAAAAUAUAUAACUUUGUUAACAGUCAACAUUUUCACAUCGACUUGUGUGUGUGUGUAUAUAUAUAUAUAUAUAUAUAUAUACACAUACACAUACUGUAAAUAAAGGUGAAAACUCUGUAUGUAUGUGUAUAUGUAUAUAUAUAUAAAACUGGACAUUUCUUAGCAGGUUUUUCUCAUUUCCUGUAGCAGUCAUCAACUUUUGGUUUCGGUAAAUCUUUUAGCAGCACACAUCAUCUGCUGUUGCCAGUGCUUCUAUUAAGAAGACUUCUACUUCAAGAUAGGGAAUGGCAUUUCCCAGUUCCUCUCUGUGGAAUUCUACUGAUCCUGACAGAUGACUGAGCUUGUUCAGAUAUUGUUAAAUUCACAGCUUCUUGGAGAAUUUUUUUUUUUUUUUUUUUUUAACCAUCUUAUGGUUGGAAUUUGUCAUUUCUUACAGAGCACCUCUAUCAUUUCUUACAACGAGGGAGCCUCUACUGGAAGUAGCAGCCAAAUUUUCCCUCAAAGUUUUACCCAGCCAUCUUUAAAAAAAAAGGAAAGGACACAUUAUAUAAUGUGGCCUUACAAAUCUGUAACAAAGUGGCGUCGCAGUGGCUGCAAUGCCUUUCUUUAUAGGGCAAAACCUCCACCAUCACAACCAGCAAGCUCUGAGAUAAAUAUGUGGUCACUUGCUAAAUUAAACAAUUUUUCUACAUAGUGAACUGUCAAACAUAAAUGUAUAUAUGUGUAUAUAUAUCUAUCUUUGUAUGUAUGCAGAUGUGUAAAUAUAUGAAAUCAAUUGAUUUCAAAUUUUCCACUUUUGAAGAACUUGGUUUUGCCAUAAAACAUGAAACCCAAAGCUGAAUGUUUUUGUUCCGUUAUUGACAUUGACACAUUCUACAAGGUCUACUUUAUAUAUACAUAACACACUCUAUAUAAUAGAUAUCGAUGAUGUACUUGUACAGGCUAUAGAGGUGACACUCAAUACAUGAUUUAGAGGUGAUGCGGGCCUUAGACAUGUUGUUAUGAUGUUUGCUUCGCAGCUAUUUGAUUCUAGGUUCAAACACAUCAUACAGCAUUCCUGGCAUGUGUCAUCCACCAAACCCUUGGAUUGACCAAUGUCCUAUGAGUAUAAUCUGAGAGAUGGAAAGAGUGAAAGUCUAUCAUACACACACACACAUAUCGAUGUGUUUGUGCAUAUGUAUGUAUGUGUGUGUGUGUGUAUAAUGUAUGCAUACACACACACACACACACACACACACACGCGCACACAUUGUUACUGGGACUCUCAGUUACUGAUUAACUAUCUUGAGAGUCAAGACUCUCAGAUCUCUCGCUCUGAGCCCUUUGUAUAUAUAUAUAUAUAUAUAUAUAUAUACACACGCAUAUACAUCCAUGUGUGUGUGUAUAAAUCUAUGUAGUCAUGCCUCAUUUAUAUGCAUUUUGAUGCUGAAACAAUAGGAAAAGUACUGACUCCAUGCAGUAGAGUAUAGUUAUUCUUUCUGUAGCUGAGGCCUGACCGUGUUGCUGCUGCUUCUCUGAGUUUCCUGUCUCUUUCAUGUCCUUCAAAAUAUCUCAGAAACAAGACUUGUGCAGUGAAUUCUCAUCUUUAAAACUAUAAUUGAAUAUAAUUAUGUAUAGAAACAUAUAGGUGUGUGCAUAUAUAUAUGUUUGUAUGUGUCUAUAUAUACAUAUAUCCUGUGUGUAUAUCUGUGGGUGGGUGUAUAAUGCACUCACAGACAUACACCUGACAUUUAAAACUGCAUAUAAAUCUUUCUAUAGAAUUAAUAACAACAGCAUGUUCUCAUUCACUCCAAAGAGUGAAAAUUAAAUAUGUACAUGUCUACCAAAGGUCAAGUGGUGUUGCAUGUCUCUUGUAUUGCAUACACACCUUCAACACACACACACACACACAUAUAUUAUCAUCACUUUACAUCAAUUUCUUUUAAGCUUGUGUGGGUUGGAUAGAUUUUCUUUACUAAAGCAUCUUGCCACAUGUUGCACUCUUUAAGUCAUCGCCUUUGUGCAAUUCACCUUCCUUAAAUCAUCUUCCAUCAUGUCUUCAUCUUUUCUGUAGUCUUCCUUUCUUCGACAGGUUCUUUUCACUUGUAUCCCUUGGCCCUUUUUUUACCCGACUUUCAUCUCCAUUAUGGUGCAGUCUUCUCUCUUGCACACCCCGUCUGAUUCCAGUUUAUUUUAUACGUAUAUUUUUUUUUCUCUCGGCUCAUUUAUGCUUCAUCUUUUAUGUCCAUUAACAUUACAGAUUCAGUAGAGAAUACUCACUCGUCUUCUUUCUAGCCUUCCCAUAGAUCCCUCCUUCAAUGUCCAUUUUCCACUCCUUUGCAACUAUAUAUAUAUCGUUGCCAGUGCCGCUGGACUGCCUCCUAUGCAGGACACGAAACUCGGCUUGUGAAGACCUGUUGGGGCAAGCGAAAGCGAAAUCGUGAUGGCACCUGUACCCAGCAUCGCCUUCCUGGCACGUGUAAAGACAUUCAAGCGAGAUUGUGCCGGUGCCGCUAGACUGGCUCCUGUGCAGGUGGCACGUAAAAUACACCAUUUUGAGCGUGGCCGUUGCCAGUACCUCCUGACUGGCCUUCGUGCUGGUGGUACGUAAAAGCACCCCCUACACUCUCGGAGUGGUUAGCGUUAGGAAGGGCAUCCAGCUGUAGAAACUCUGCCAGAUCAGAUUGGAGCCUGGUGUAGCCAUCUGGUUCACCAGUCCUCAGUCAAAUCGUCCAACCCAUGCUAGCAUGGAAAGCGGACGUUAAACGACGAUGAUGAUGAUGAUGAUAUAUAUAUAUAUCCUGGUUUUAAAGUAAAUACUGUGUGUCCAUGUGUGUUGUAAGAAGGGACUAAAAUAGAACAGGUGACAGGAAGAGCCUCUGUCUGUUAAACAAACGGCUUCGUUAAUCCUACCAUCCUUCCAUGUUAACAUGGAAAAGCGGGGGCAGCAAAAUCAAGCUUUUAUAUAUAUGUGUAUAUAUAUAUAUAUAAACACACACACACAUAUAUGUGUGUGUGCUUAUAUAUGUGUGUGUAUGUAUUCUGUACUGAGAAGGUCAACCUAUUUGGAGACCAUCACCUCACAUCAUUUAAAAUCUUACAAACACAAAUCUUUACCUACCCCUGUACCCCACCCCCAACAUCUUCCCAUAUUUGAACAAUGUCCCUUAAAGAGAGCUCUAUAUUAUCAUCUGCCCCCCUCCUUACCCCCCACCCCACGAUUCAAUGUUACCUUCAACACUUUAUGAAUGAAAACACUGUGGAUCCUCCCAACCUACCCAUCCAAAUUCCUCCUUCCACUGUCUCUUACCUCCUCUGUCUCUCCCCUCCUCCGGCACUCCUCCACCCACCCUCACUCUCACAGUAAAACAUAUGAAAACAACCAAACGAGGGGUUAAUAAUUAAGGAUCCUGAACAAAUGAAAGCUAAAGAUAUGCGUGUAUAUAUAAAGUAUAUAUAAAAACUGAGUGUAUUAUAUAUAUAUAUAUAUAUAUAUAUAUAUAUAUAUAUAUGUAUGUAUAUGUAUAUAUAUGUAUAUAUAAAUUUAUAUAUAUGUAUGUGUAUAUAUAUCAUUACUAUUAUUAUAAUUAUUAUUAUUAUAAAUGAUUUCGUUAAUAAACAUUAUUUAAAGAUA